AUGCCGAUUAAGAAAAUCGAAACGGGGAUGGGGAUAUUCACGCCAUCAGCGACCAUCAACUACAACUUCAUUGCGGGCGUGUACGCUUUCUUUGUUGCGAUCUGUGCUCUGCUGCUGGCGAUCCAUCUCUACUCAUCGCAACUGGAGGGGUUUUACGUCGUUCUCGUGCCGUUCGUUCCCUGCUUUAUCUGGAGCCUCGUGGUGCGCCACCGCUGGUUAAAACAGUCGACGACCGCAGAUGAGACGGCAGUCGAAUUGAAAAAGAAACACUGA